CGGAGCCUGAGGGGUGGCUGAUUCAUGCAUGGGGACUGUCACCCCGCCGCCCCCGCGCUGCAAACUGUGUAAGAGGGAGAGGAAUUCCCCGCCAAGUUGAAAAGUUGAACGUGCCUCCCAAACUUUCUCCUGUAGUCCAGACUGGGUCGCCCUGAGGGAGCAGUUGUGUCAGUAAUGGGAAAUCGGCAAGCUAGACGGAAAUGACCUGCUGGUGAUUGUGCUGUAAAGAAGCCGGAAUCCACUUCUUGAAGGCAUAAAGUUCAGGGUGCAUCCUUAAAACCUCUAUGACCACAGAUGGAGAAAGGAGAAUCAAAGAAGUGGAAUUGGCAGAAGUUUGAGAUUACUAACCCAGCUGAGGAAAAUCUGAGUGGAGCUGAAAAGUUUACAUUAGAAGAGAGUUGAAUACGUUAACCUCGACUACAUAUUCUGAACCAGCCAGGGAAGGCAGGCAAAAAGAUGCCAGUAAUCAAUAUUGAGGACCUGACAGAAAAGGACAAAUUGAAGAUGGAAGUUGACCAGCUCAAGAAAGAAGUGACACUGGAAAGAAUGCUAGUUUCCAAAUGUUGUGAAGAAGUAAGAGAUUACGUUGAAGAACGAUCUGGUGAGGAUCCACUGGUAAAGGGCAUCCCAGAGGACAAAAAUCCCUUCAAGGAGCUCAAAGGAGGCUGUGUGAUUUCAUAAUACAAACAAAAAGAAAAAAAAUUAAACAAAUUCUUGGAAAUAUCUCAAAUGUUAAUAACAAUAUGGAUUUUUCUCUUACAUACUAUUACUACUAAGCAUGUAUGUGAAUUUUUAAAUUUAUAGAUACAAACUUUUAAUAAAAAUUGGGAUGUGGUAACCCAU